AGGCGGAUCUGUUCCUUUCUACAGUCGUGUUGAAACAAGUUGCGUGGAUCUGCAUGCUGAGCUUUCGUGCUGAAUCCAGGCAGCAUGUCGACGGAAGGGGAGUAUGAGUGCAUAGUGAUCGGGGCCGGGGUGCAGGGCUCCUUCACGGCCUAUCAGCUGGCACAGAGGGACAAGAAGACUCUUCUGCUGGAGCAGUUCGUCCUGCCCCACAGCCGAGGGAGCUCCCAUGGCCAGACCCGCAUAAUCCGCAAGGCCUAUGAGCAGGACUUCUACACCCACAUGAUGGAGGAGUGCUACGAGCUUUGGGCCCAGCUGGAGAGGGAGGCGGGUGUCAAACUGUACAGACAAACAGGACUCCUGGUGAUGGGACCAGAAAGCAGUCAGAGUUACCAGCUGAUUAAGAACACUCUGCACAGGAACAAGGUUCCUAUGGUGAUCCUGAACCAGGAGAACUUCAGCCAGCACAUCCCCCAUGUCAACCUGGCUGAGGGAGACGGAGCGGUGGUGGACAUCAGUGCUGGAGUUCUGUAUGCUGACCGUGCACUCAAGACUGUCCAGGGGCAGUUUCAGAAGUUGGGUGGGGUCAUAAGAGACAAAGAGAAGGUAACAGACAUCAAGCCUGGCUCUGUUGUGACAGUGUCAACCUCUGCUGGUGUUUAUCGAGCCAAGAGUGUGGUGAUCACCGCUGGACCCUGGGCUAACAGACUGCUUGUCCACACUGGCUUACAGUUGCCACUCAAGGUGGUGAAGAUCAAUGUGUGCUACUGGAGAGAGAAGGUUCCCGGUUCAUACAACGUGAAGCAGCGCUUUCCCUGCUUCUUGCUGACUGAGGGUGAGGAGUCCAAAGAGAACAUCUACGGCCUCCCGUCCAACGAGUACCCAGGCCUGGUGAAGAUAUGCUACCAUGCGGGCGCUGAGACAGACCCAGACCAGAGGGACAGGCAGACAGACCGGUCUGAUAUUGACAUCCUCCAGCGUUACAUCGCCCGCUGUUUACCUGGCCUGGUCCCAGAACCCGCUGUGGUGGAGAGCUGCCUGUAUACGGAAUAUUCCCAUGGAGAUUCAGAAUGGCUUUAACAAGGGAGUCCUGACCAAGACAGCAGCAAAAACAUCGGAGGGUCAUCGCCAGUGUUGCUGACAAUUAGUAAUUAGUUACAGUUACUAGUUACUUCUCUCAAAAGUCAUUGAAUUACUUUAUCAAUGACUGCACAUAAAAUUAAUUAGUUACAAGGGAAAGUAACUUUUGCCUUGCUUUUUAAAUAUCUGCUUCAGUUCUUAAUGCACAUGUAGCUGUAGUACUUUAGUGUUGCUGUGGCAGUAUAGGACAAGACAACUGUCAUAUUUGAUCUAUGAUUGGACUCAUUAUCACUAUGAUGAAAAGUAAGAACUAUAAAGCACAAUAGAUCAAAUCAAUCAACAGAAGUCAGUUUUUAUUACCCUUUUGGCAGUAAAAUGGAAUAACAACUGUCAGCUGUUUCUCAAACAUUUUGUCUUGCUGGGGUCAAUACAUUCUCUGCUUUGCUGAGGAAUCUGAUGUAUAAAUUUAUCGGUCGUCUGAAUGCUUCUUGUAACUCCGUCAUUUUACAACUGUCCUAAGGAUCAGUGCUGCCCUUAGGAUCAGUGCUGCCCUAAGCAUCAGUGCUGUCCUAAGGAUCAGUGCUGUCCUAAGCAUCAGUGCUGCCCUUAGGAUCAGUGCUGCCCUAAGCAUCAGUGCUGUCCUAAGGAUCAGUGCUGCCCUAAGGAUCAGUGCUGCCCUAAGGAUCAGUGCUUUCCUAAGGAUCAGUGCUGCCCUAAGGAUCAGUGCUGCCCUAAGGAUCAGUGCUUUCCUAAGGAUCAGUGCUGUCCUAAGGAUCAGUGCUGCCCUAAGGAUCAGUGCUGUCCUAAGGAUCAGUGCUGUCCUAAGGAUCAGUUCUGCCCUAAGGAUCAGUGCUGUCCUAAGGAUCAGUUCUGCCCUAAGGAUCAGUGCUGUCCUACGGAUCAGUGCUGUCCUAAGGAUCAGUGUUGUCCUAAGGAUCAGUGCUGUCCUAAGGAUCAGUGCUGUCCUAAGGAUCAGUGCUGUCUUAAGGAUCAGUACUGUCUUAAAGAUCAGUGCUGUCCUAAGCAUCAGUGCGGCCCUAAGGAUCAGUGCUGCCCUAAGGAUCAGUGCUGCCCUAAGGAUCAGUGCUGUCCUAAGGAUCAGUGCUGCCCUAAGGAUCAGUGCUGCCCUAAGGAUCAGUGCUGUCCUAAGGAUCAGUGCUGCCCUAAGGAUCAGUGCUGCCCUAAGGAUCAGUGCUGCCCUAAGGAUCAGUGCUGCCCUAAGGAUCAGUGCUGCCCUAAGGAUCAGUGCUGUCCUAAGGAUCAGUGCUGUCCUAAGGAUCAGUGCUGCCCUAAGGAUCAGUGCUGUCCUAAGGAUCAGGGCUGUCCUAAGGAUCAGUGCUGUCAUCAUGUGUAGGUGGCUUUAGGAUCAGUGCUGUGCGAUACCAUUCACCUAUGUGGGAACAAUGGUAUAGCUGUUUUCUUCAAUUUGUGUCCUUUUUAAUUGUGUUGUAUGUUUUA